UCAUGUUGCCGUUUACUAACUGCGGGCUCUUUAUCUGUCGUUGUUAUCGUCAAACCGCAUGUACCACCAACCGCGAAUCUGUGUUUGAUGUGAGCUGUACAUAUUGCUUCAGUUUGUCUACUUUCUUUCCCAUGUUGUCUUGAUUUAUUGCAUUUUUCGGUUCCAAGAUGGACCAUUGUUUGCGGCCGAUGUUACUUUCCCGACAGGUCACCUGUCUACGACCGUCCACAGCUUCGUCCUUGUCGAUAUGUAACGACCAGAUUCCGUUGUGCCGAGUCAGCUCUCUUGCAAGCCUUCGCACACGACACCUCCGCCAGCGCCGAAACGCGCAUACAAAACGAAAUGUCUCUUCCACAGCCUCCAAUGUUGUUGAGAACAACCCAGUACCACUCGAAAUCCCCCGCUCAAGACCACUGUCUUGCCUGCCAUUGUCCACCAUCAUUCGCUCAUAUCUCAUAACCUCAAUAUCUUCAAUGCCCUUCCUCUUACGGCCGUCCUUGGCCGCCAUGUCAUUCCUCGCCCAUACAAAGUCGCCUCUUUUCAACCCAGAUCGUAACCCAGUUCUGCAUUGCCUCCUAAAGAAAACUUUCUAUGUCCAGUUCUGCGCUGGAGAGACGCCGUCAGAGACCAGAACCACGAUCGCUGACCUGAAAGAGAUCGGAUAUACUGGAGUGAUUCUAGGACAUGCAAAGGAAGCAGUGUUGACAGAUGAGGAAGCGGCAGGCUUGAACGCGUCCCUGGACUCCCCAGAACAAGCUGCGUUGAACGAGGAAGAGAUUGCGACCUGGAGAAGGAACACCGUCGAUACCGUACAUCUUGCUCAGAAAGGCGAUUUUGUCGCUUUGAAGUUCACCGGUGCUGGCCGUCAAGCACUCCAGCAUCUUAAGGCCACGAUACCCUGUUCUCGUGAGUUUGAAGACGCCGUCCAUGAAAUCUGCAAAUCGGCUCAGGAGAAGGGUGUGAAGCUGCUGUUCGACGCUGAGCAAGCCUCCCUGCAACAAGGCAUCGACAACUGGACAAUGUAUUUUGCAAAGAGAUAUAACAAGGAGAGAGCAUUGGUGUUUGGGACUUACCAAGCAUAUGCCAAAAACACUCCGGCAGCCCUCGCUAGUCACCUUGAAAUGGCUAGAAAGGAGAACUUUGUGCUUGGGAUCAAACUUGUUCGAGGGGCAUACCUCGGUAGUGAUCCACGAAACCUCUUUUGGCCAACAAUCGAAGGAACCCACGAAUGCUACAACGGCAUCGCAAAAGCGGUUAUGCAAAGACGGUACGAAGGUAUCCUCCAACCAAUCGAUGGUGCUGCAACAGACUUCCCUAGAGUAAGCCUGGUACUUGCAACGCAUAAUGCCGAGUCAGUGAGGCUGGCGGACAGGCUUCGUGAUGAGCAAGCUCGCAAGGGAGAGCCGCGUAUCGAACUGGCAUAUGGUCAACUGAUGGGAAUGGCAGACAACGUUAGCUGCGAGGUGGUACAGACAGCAAGGGCCAGAUCGGAGUCCAACGACACCAAUGCGGAAAUUCCUCAAGCAUACAAAUAUUUGGUUUGGGGCAAGCUGGGAGAGUGCAUGAAAUACCUAUUGCGACGAGCCCAUGAAAACAAAGAUGCGGUCACAAGGACCGUUGAAGCAAGACAAGCCUUGGGCAGAGAGUUGGGCAGCAGGAUGGCAUUCUGGCGUUGAAUGGAGACCAAAUUUUACGAUUGGAUAUGUGGAUGGCACAGUACGAUUUCCAGCAUGAUAGUAGGUGGCACCUUUUGUGAUAUCUUGUUCAAGCAUCAUGCGAGGCGCGGUUUUGGGUUUGUUGCGAUGAAUCAGGAUUCAUGAUGUAUAGGGAGGCCAUCUAACGCCGAACAAAGCACGAAAAGGCACGAGGUGAUCUGGCAUAGAAAUAUUAUGAAUUUCC